UGAUCGAUCUGUUCGAUACUAAUAGAUCUCAGAAAAAGGCAAGGAUUCGAGCUGACGACAACAAGUCAGAGCAAAGAUACCCACGUCAACUGAUCCUUGACAAAAAGUGCAUGCUUCUCGUUCCAUUGGGAUCUGACUCAAACUAAUUCAUUUUUUUGCAGCCGAGCAGAGCCGAGCCGAGGACAUGGCGAGACCUCGCCACCGCAAGACCCGAGGUGGUCGCGAUGGCAGCGGCUACAUUUCUUCCAGUAGCUCUUCCAGUAUAUCCGAGAGCUGUUCCACUACGGGUGAUUCCACGGACAGCUGUCAUGAGAACAACAAUAAUGGUACUACAAACGAUAUUGUGAUUGCUACCGUGGAAGAUGAUCAUCAAGCCAUUGAAGCCAGUCUUUCUCCCACCAGAAAGGAAAUCAUAACCAAGGCAAAAGAUACUACCACAGCCAGUGCAACCGAAGCCAGUCCAAACCCCCAGAUAAAUCUUCCUGCUCCUCGCCAUCAUCUACCGGUAGAUGGGUGGGUAUCUGACACGGAAGAUGAUGUGUUACCCGAUCCCCAGAAACUCAUAUUAGUAGCAACAAAGCCAAUCCAAUCCCCCUUGGCAGAUGACGCCACCACUCUUUCCUCCAGUGGCGGCGACAGACCACCACAGACUUUGCGACAACAAUCAUCAGACAUUAGUAGCCUAGAGGGUGAAAAUGGUUCUCCCGAGGAAACCAUGGAUGUGGCCUUUUCCAUUCUGGAUAUCCUAGCCAAUGAUAUUGAGGAGGCAUCCCAGUGCGUGACAUCCGUGGACGAAUCUGGCUGCUGUCGGGCCCAGGAAGAACAACCUCCGAUAUCACCACAGCCAGCAGCUCCGCCCAGCGGAAAAGAUGUGAUCAGUAGUAGUAAGCCUCCUCCAAAAGACAACGUCAAGCCUUGCGACAACACCAAUGCGUCGCCUCCGACCGGUGCUCCUCCACGUUCCUCACUCGAGAAAAAGGAAUCUUUUCCACCACCCAAAUAUGUGAGAAAACCAGUGAAACCUCCUCAAGAGCCUCAGCCUCCCGCACCUCCCCCACUCGAACGAAUUACGACCAAGAAGAAUGUUCUGCCCUGGCAUCCACAACCUCAGGAGGACACUCUGGGUUCACCUCCUGAAAGACUCGUGGCAAAUCAGACUCCUGAGCAGACAAUCACUGCGAACUUAGCCCCGCAAGAUGAAGACACACUGUCAGAGAUCUACAAUCAAGUAACCCAAUCUGCAGAACACGAUCAUUACUACUAUCAUAGUAAUAUUCCAGCGUGUGAAUCACUGGAAGAAAAGAAACUCGACGAUGACGAUUGGGCGUACGGGGAGAUGGCUCGGUCCGACUCGCUUUCGGACUUGACGGGGAGUCCAACCAGAAUCGCCUCCAAACGACAACCGCAACAACAGACUUCUCCAGAGGCGGCAGCACCCACCGUCACGGUGGCCACCGAGCUGCCCGUCAUGGAACUUGCCGGGGUAGUUCGUGAGCGCACAACGGUGCAAAAAUACGAAAGCUUCAUGAAGGCCACCAUGAGCCAAAGCGCGGCUAGUAGUCGAGCCGAUUCUGAUUCCAAACGAAUGAUAGAGGAGAAGUUGCGAGCGGACGGGAACAACAGCUGUGUCGUUGUGACGACCAGUGAAUGGAAGCAACGAGACCUGGAAGCCGAACUCAAAAAGCAGCAACUGACGUUGUUGGCAAACACAGUAUCCGUCUUGGAGGCAAAACUCGAUUUGUUCCGUCGGGAGCUUGUGAAACGCAGAGAACUGAGUGAGAAGAUGAUGUCGGAUCACAUUCGCGAAAUGACCGAAGUGCACGGGCAAUAUCGAAAGUUGUGCCAGGAUAAGGACGCCUUUGUGGAGAGGCUCCGGAUGUCACAUGAAUUGGAAACAUCAAAACUGAAAGCACAGCUCCAGCAGGCCCAACUCCAACGAGAAGAACAGGCCAGGGCCGCUAAUGCCGAAGAGAUGGGACGCAACAUGGAUGCUGUGCAAAAGGACAUUCAGAGAAUAGCGGACGCCUAUGCACAAGUUCUAAAGGAAAACAAAGAGACAAAACGGCAGGGUCAAUCGCAACGAAAAACAACCAAAAGGAAUAGCGGGCCCACGACAGCUGUGUUUAUUCGACACACCGUGAUUGGCUGCGUCGUUCUUGCUGCAGUAUUCUUAGUUUAUCAAAAGCUUAUGACCGUUCAAGUCAGCCUGGACAUGCUUUGUGCCCCUGUUCGACCGGGAACUCAACUUGACACCAACUAUGGUGACGAGGGUACGUUUGAGGCUCCUUGGUGGGUCCCUUCCUAUUCGUCUUCCAAGGUGAACGCGUUCUCAGCUCUUUGCGGGGGGCAGCGGGAAAGACUGAAACUCGUGUGGCAACCACAUCCUGCCAAGGGUCGAGGAAUGUUGCAAAUGAACAAACUUUUUGAUGACCAUGAGGGAGUGGAGCAGCCCGAGGUUACUCUAUGGACUCGACAUAUUGCUGUUUCGAUUGACGUGACGCCUGGAGAGCUUACCAUCAAGCACCAAACUGGCAAUGUCGAGCAAUUGCCAAUCUUCGAGGAAUGA